AAUCACCGCUCAGUUCAACGUCAUCACCGAGCGCCAUCAGGUAGCGUGUCGGAGGCCGGACCACGUGUACUGUGUUGACUGUCAAAGUCUCUGGGAGCCCAAUUUCCGGAAGCGGUGAGUUCAGAAAGAAGUUCCUGCACCGUAGUUCCCCAAGCCUGCGAAUCCCCAACCAUGAGCGCCUCAGGCGUACUGUCCUUUACCCAGCAAGGAUGGGAGCAGGUGCUGGCCAAAGUGAAACGGGCUGUGGUUUACCUGGACUCCGCCUGCGCCGAGAGCCUGCACUGGGGCUGCGGAUCCACCCGUCUCCUGGAGGCGGUGGGGGGUCCUGAUUGUCACCUGCGAGAGUUCGAACCCGACGCAGUUGGUGGUGGAGCCAAGCAGCCCAAGGCGGUGUUUGUGCUGAGCUGCCUGCUGAAAGGCCGGACUGUGGAGAUCCUACGGGACAUCAUCUGCCGCAGUCACUUCCAGUAUUGUGUGGUGGUCACAGCCGUGAGCCACGCUGUCCACCUCACAGCUAAUCAUGUCCCAGCGGCGGCAGCGGCCGAGAUGGAAGGGCAGCAGCCGGUGUUUGAGCAGCUGGAGGAGAAGCUGUGUGAAUGGAUGGGCAACAUGAACUACACGGCCGAGGUGUUCCAUGUCCCGUUGUUGCUUGCCCCUGUUGCUCCCCACUUUGCCUUGACUCCAGCCUUUGCAUCCCUUUUCCCACUGCUACCCCAGGAUGUGCAUCUCCUUAAUAGCACCCGACCGGACAAGAGGAAGCUAGGAAGCCUGGGUGAUGUGGACGCCACUGCCCUAACCCCAGAGCUGCUGCUGCAGAUCAGGUGCCUAGUGUCAGGCCUCAGUUCUCUGUGUGAACAUUUGGGAGUACGGGAGGAGUGUUUUGCUGUAGGUUCCUUAAGUCGAGUCAUCGCUGCGGAUCUGGCCAAUUAUGCCCCUGCAAAGAACAGGAAGAAGACUGCUGCAGGCAGGGCAUCAGUGGUUUUUAUGGACAGAACCUUGGAUCUCACAGGAGCAGUUGGACAUCAUGGAGACAACUUAGUAGAGAAGAUCAUUUCAGCACUUCCCCAGCUCCCAGGCCACACAAAUGAUGUGAUGGUUAACAUGAUAGAGCUCACUGCACUCCAAACUGAGGAGGAAAAUUGUAAUGUGGUUGCACCAGGCUGUCUUGCACAAUCCAAUGACACCACAGCCAAAGCCCUGUGGGAAGCUUUACUCAACACUAAGCACAAAGAGGCAGUGAUGGAGGUUCGGAGACAUCUAGUGGAAGCGGCAAGCAGAGAAAACCUGCCAAUCAAGAUGAGUAUGGGGAGAGUCACACCAGGACAGCUCAUGUCCUAUAUUCAGCUCUUCAAGAACAACCUCAAAGCUCUAAUGAAUCACUGUGGGCUCCUCCAGCUUGGGCUGGCCACAGCUCAAACGUUGAAACACCCACAGACUGCCAAGUGGGACAACUUUCUCGCUUUUGAAAGACUCCUGCUUCAGAGUAUUGGGGAGUCAACAAUGUCCGUUGUGUUAAAUCAGCUGUUGCCCAUGAUUAAGCCUGUAACCCAGAGAACCAAUGAGGACUACAGCCCUGAGGAACUGCUGAUCCUUCUCAUAUAUAUUUAUUCUGUCACUGGAGAGCUCACAGUAGACAAAGACCUGGGUGAAGCAGAAGAAAAAGUCAAGAAAGCAUUGGCUCAAGUCUUCUGUGAGGAAUCUGAAUUGUCACCUUUGCUGCAAAAAAUUACAGGUUUUGGUAUCAGGAUGAUGCUGACCUCAUCAAACUGGGACUCUUCAAUUAACCUGACAUUUCACAAAUCCAAAAUUGCUGUGGAUAAACUCUUUACUUCACUUCGGGAUAUUGCUGGAGCUCGGAGUCUCAUGAAACAGUUUAAGUCUGUAUAUGUUCCUGGAAAUCAUACCCACCAGGCAUCUUAUAAGCCAUUGUUGAAGCAAGUUGUGGAGGAAAUAUUUCAUCCCGAGAGGCCAGAUUCCAUUGAUAUUGAACACAUGUCUUCAGGUCUCACUGAUCUCCUUAAAACUGGAUUUAGCAUGUUCAUGAAGGAAUGGAGGCCAGCAGGGCUAGACCCUGGCCAACACAGAGGCAGAAGCCCCAAGCAACUCAGGCCCACAACUCUCCCAGGAGUACUUCAGCAGUGCCGUCUUCACGUACGGGAACUGAGCAAGAGCUCUGCUCUGCAAAGGUUUGCUGCUGCUCCUCGGGCAACCUCAGCACUGCAGGGAAAUGGAGACCUCCAUUCCAGGUACUUGGAAAUGGCUCACAGAACUCAAUCUUAUUUAUGUACAUUUUUGCAGGCAGCGAAAGUUAAGAAAAAUACCUGUGUGUCUAAGAUUAUCUGCAUCAAACAAAUCCUCUAUGAUAGGAAAGUCAGGGUAGCUGGAUUUUGCCUUUACUAGAGUCAGAAUUUCAUCUGCGUCAUAUUACAACUGGUUGAACUUACUUUCUUUGCAGUGUUUAGCAUGCAUUCCUGUUGAAAUCAGAUUGUCCAGAGAAGUCUUUCAUCUCCACCUGUUCUGGUUAUCUAUUGCUACAUACCAAGUCAUCCCAAAUCAUUGAUUUAAAAUAGUACUGAUCAUUCAUUUUACUCAUAAUCUACACUCUGGGUAGAGCUCAGUAGGGAAGGAUUCACCUGCAAGAUGGCUCAUUCAUAUAGUCAGAAAGUAGACGCCGAGCAGCAGCUGGCAUCGAGGGGCCUCAGUUUCUCUCCAUGUGGGCCUUUUCAUGUGGCCAAGAUUUCUCACAGCAUGGCAGCUGCAUUCCAAGGGCAGGCAUCCUAGGAGAGAGCCAGGAUUCAGAUGUAUUGUAUUUUAUGACCUAGCCUCAAAUGCCACAUAACAUCACUUCCACAGCACUGUACUCUAUUUGUCAAGGCUGUCACAAAUGCCCACCCAGGUUCAAGAGGAGGGGACAUGCACUUUUCCUCUUGAAAAUGGAUCAAGAGCAUGAGGAACAGAAAAUAUUGUCAUGGGCACUUUUGGAAAAUACAAUCUGUACUCCACCUAAAUAUGUUUGGCUGUCAAGCUGAGCAAGGCAGUGUUUGGCUAAUCCUAGGAGUUUUCCCUCCAAUCUAGAGGAUGGAAAAAUCACUCAUGCUUCUAAGCUGGUUUCAAAAUAAGUGAGCCCAGAAAGGCUUUGUCAAUGAAAGGCCUGUUUGCUAUUCUUCCAUAUGUUUUUUAACAAUAUAGUAUUUUAAAAAAUACUUCCUGAUAAGAAACUGAGCUGGGGAACUUUCCUCUCCCAAGUUUGCUCCAUCAAGUCCCAUAAAGUAAGCCAGAUGAGCUGGGGAGAAGAGCAAGUAUACCCACUAGAUCAUUUCUCCAGCAGUUCUGAGAAGUGUUUGAAGUAACUUGAUGUACUUCUCAACCAGACGAUAGACUUGUGGUUAGCCACACAGAGCUGUCAGCUUCAAAGGGCAGUGUGUGAAGCCCACUAGGGGGUGGUUCUAGCAAACUAGGGAGAAAUAGCUUUGGCAGAACCUGACAUUCUUAAAACAGCCUUUUCUCCAAAAUCCUUGUGCAUGGAAUACCUUGAGCUCCUUAGAGAAAAGCUUGAUAAUGAUCUAAUAAAUAAAUCAAAACAUACCUUACCCCUCUCCCUACAACAUUAAUUUAAUUUAAAACUAGCAUGUCUAAUAGGCAGCACUUUUAAAGUGCAUUUCUGGAAUUUGUGGUUUGGAUCUCAAUCUCCUGAAAAUAAUUUAUUUUCUAUCUACUCCAUAUGUUUGGACCUCAGCUUGUUUUGACUAAAGGACAUGAUUUGUCAAGAUGUUUUCUCUGAUAAAAUUGACAUGAGGAGGGUGGGUUUUAUCUAAUGAAACUGCAUGAGGCCCUUUUACCUCCUUUUAAGUGUGCUUUUUAAGACGUUCUUUUUUUGUUCUUUCAUUUCUUAUGUGGCCAUGCUUAAUUGGAAAAAAUUUUUUAAACUAUGAAAAAGACUCACAGAAAGCCCAGUGCUUACCUCUGGGUCCCUUAUCUGAGUGGAUAUGAGUCUCCCAUUGCCUUAAGUGGCAACAAAAAGAGGACCACAAGGAGAACUAGAGCAACUGCUCAGGUAGGCUUUGAAAAGCUGCUGGUGUUGAGGGGUAAGAGUUAAAACUCUUUCCAUUGGAAGUAAGAUGCCAACAAAUUGUAAUAACUUAACUAAAGGAAAAUUUAUUAUGAGGCCCAUGGGAUGUCCUGGGUUCGGAACCCAAGGGCAGCAAUGCAAGAGACCUCAGGGAGGAUUGAGACUAAGAACUGGAAAGCCAUCAGGAAACCAGACAGUUCUAUGAGACCCUUUCUGCCUGAAUGAGAACAGUGCCCUGCAUUUUGUAGAUUCUCAAUAAAUAGUAUGAAUGAAUGGUUGAGUGGAGUAGCUAUGCCACAGCUUUGACUGAACCUCAUCUAUCUUCAAGCUUUUGAGGUUAAGCUUCAAUUCCCAGGGAAGGGCCUCUAGUUGGCUCACCCUGGGUCAGGGGGCCAUUCCAGAACCAAUCAACUGUGACUGAAGGACAGGGUCACACUGACUGCAUGGAUGCUGGGACCCUUUUGUAUGACCAUGUGGACAGGGGAGAUUGUUGGCUUGUGGAUUGGACAGAUACCUGCAGAAGAAUCUAUAACAGGGGUAAAGGAUGCUUUGGAAUGCAGAACAAAAAUCAUGGGCUGUCAGUAAAGAUUGAUGUCAGGUCCUUGGAUGGUGAGAGCUGAACAUGCCUUGGAGGUCAUGUAAUCCAGUUACACAUUGUUCGUAUAAGAAAAACAAGACAGGGUGCAGUAGUGCUUCUGUAAUUCCAGCUGCUGGGGAGGGUGAGGCAGGAGGAUCGCUUGAGCCCAGAAGUUUGAGAGAA